AUGGCAGCCUCACUGCACGCCCAAAUUGAAGUGAUCCCGUGCAAGAUCUGCGGAGACAAAUCCUCGGGGAUCCACUACGGCGUUAUCACCUGCGAAGGCUGCAAGGGUUUUUUUCGGAGGAGCCAGCAGAACAACGCCAGCUACUCCUGCUCCCGGCAGAGGAACUGCCUGAUCGACCGCACCAACCGCAACCGCUGCCAGCACUGCCGCCUGCAGAAAUGCCUGGCGCUGGGCAUGUCCCGAGACGCGGUGAAGUUUGGCCGCAUGUCGAAGAAGCAGCGGGACAGCCUCUACGCUGAGGUGCAGAAGCACCAGCAGAGCCAGGAGCAGAGCGGCGGCACCAAGGAUGAGCCCGAGCCCCUGAGCCGCGUCUACACCACCAGCGUCAGCAGCGGGCUCUCGGACCUGGAUGACAUCUCCACGCUGUCGGACGGGCUCCUCUUCGAUUUCCCCCUCACCCCCGACGGCAGCAGCACCUACUACAACCUCGACCUGCUCGCCUCGGCGCAGCCCUCGCCCGACCAGUCCAGCCUGGAUGUGGCCGAUGCCACGCUCAUCAAGCAGGAGUCCAUCUACGAGCUGAUGCUGGAGCCGGCCCUGUUCGCGCACGGGGCGCUGGAGGGCGGCCAGCUGGCUGCCGAUAUCUCCGUCCUCGAGAUUGACCGGGUGGCCCAGAACGUGGUGAAGUCUCACCUGGAGACGUGCCAGUACACGACGGAGGAGCUCAAGCGCCUGGCGUGGAGCCUCUACUCCCCCGAGGAGGUCCGCGCCUUGCAGAGCAAGAGCUGCGAGGCCAUGUGGCAGCAGUGCUCGCUGCAGAUCUCCAACGCCAUCCAGUACGUGGUGGAGUUCGCCAAACGCAUCGACGGCUUCAUGGAGCUCUGCCAGAACGACCAAAUCAUCCUCCUGAAAGCCGGUUGCCUGGAAGUGCUCCUCAUCCGCAUGAUCCGCGCAUUCAACCCCUUGAACAACACCGUCCUCUUCGAGGGCAAGUUCGGCGGCGUGCAGAUGUUCAAGUCGCUCGGCUGCGAUGACCUCAUCAGUGCCGUCUUUGAGCUGGCGAGGACCCUGUGCCGCCUGCAGCUGUCGGACGAGGAGCUUGCCCUCUUCACCGCUGCCGUCCUGCUCUCCCCAGAUCGCCCAUGGCUGACAGAGUCCAAGAAGGUGCAGAAGCUCCAGGACAAGAUCUAUGUGGCCCUGCAGCACGAGAUCCAGAAGAAACACUCCGCUGAGGACAAGCUCUCAAAGAUGGUUUCCAAGCUGCCCUUGAUGAAGACCAUUUGCAACCUGCACUUGGACAAGCUGGAAUUUUUCCGUCUCCUGCACCCGGAGACCGCCAUGAACUUCCCACCCCUCUAUAAGGAGGUCUUCAACUCGGAGCUUCAGUACAGCGACCCACGGGAGAGCUAA